AUGACGACGCUACGUGCCGGGGGCAUCGUUUCGGAGAGCAUGACUUUGACGAAAUCUUCGUCACACCACGUGAUCUUCCUCGUCGACGGGUCGUUGCAAUCUGUAUCGGAGGAAGGCGACGAAAGUUUCAACCAGUUGAUUGAUUGUGAUUCGCAUGUGGUGAAAAGGAGAAUUGAUGUCUUAGUUUCCGUGGCGAAGACUUUAGCCGUCGAAGGGUUUGGAUGGAGAGAGGGAAAGGAGGAGGAGGAGGAAAACGCGAGGAGAAGGUUCGGGUGCGUGUUUUACGACGCCUCCUGCUCGAGCGCGAACGCCGAUGAUGCGCUCGUCGCGAGGAAGAAGCAAAAGACGAAGAAGAGGCGAUUGGGGUGUUCCAUGCUCGAUCUGGAAUCUGUCUUUCAAUUUUUCGCGUCGUUGAAACACGAGGAGCAUCAGACGAAUGGUGGUGCGUUUAUAACGUUAUCGCAAGCGGUAUCGCAAGCGGCGUUGAUGUUUAAGUCGACAAAAAUGGAAGAGUGCGGAAGCCGGGAUCUGGUUAUUUUGAAUGCGACGGAAGGAUUACAGAGUUUAAGCGUCGCGGAGGACGUGGUCGAAAAGAUGGAAAAGAUGAACGUCACGAGGAGUGCGGUGUUUUUCCACGGCGAUUACGCGUCGCCAUCAUCGAGUUGUUUGUGGCCGACGGCUAUUGAAGGUUUAGCGAAUGCGUCAGGUAUCGCCGCUAUAUGCAAUUUGAGACCGCAUCAAGACAUGUUUUUGCGUCAGUCCGAGAGAUGCUUGCGAGCUGAGCUAGAAAAUGGUGGCGUUUUACGCGAAAUCUCGGACGGAGAGGCAACAAACGGAGAGGCGACGGAGCAAAAACUGAUUGAAGCGACGAGACGCGAUAAAAUACUAGAAAAGAAUCGAGUUCAAGAGAACGCGAUGUUUCCAACGAAGAUGAACGAAGACGACGAUAAAAACAAAGAAGAACAAGAACGAGGACAACAGCUCGUUCGACGCGGUGAAAACUGCGCCUCGCAGUUUUCAAAGUUUGACGUUCUCGAAGAAAGACUGAGUGGCCUCAACGCGAGUACGUCUCUGCGAGUGCCUAUUCUUAUUCUCCCUAAGAGUGAUGCAAACCGAGACGAAAAGCAAGAAAGCACUGGGAAAGAAAAUCAAGAAACCAAUAGCGGCAAUACCGAGCCAUUCAUCCAUCACGUGGAUGUUGAAGUGGAGAACAUUCCUAAAGUGCUCCACGCCAUGUUCGAACCGUUGCUCGUUCUCUCCUCUUGUUCUCGAAUGCGAAAGGAUAAAUCGAAAAAAGUUCGGCCUUUACUCGGUACGUCGGGUGACAUAAUAGUUCGUCAGGAGUAUUUCUUAGGCAACAAGCACGAGCCGAAAGUGAUAAUCGAGUUCAGGAAAAACGAAGGCGGUACCGAUCGCAUCGCUUCGUUCAAUCGAAGCGCCUCGAAAGUGGUUUCGUUGAUCUGGCCGUUGAAAAACGCCGACGCGCGUGUCUUUUGUAUAAAGCACGAACUUGCAAAGUACAAAAAGUUCUUCUAUUUCAACAGAGAGAGCGGGGAGUCGUACGCGGAACGCGUGUCUCAGUUUCGAGCGAUACUCGAGAACCCGCCCUCCCUCGAGGAGCUUUCUGGCAUCGAAUCGUCGAAGACGCUGCGGGAUAUGGCAUUAGCCGCGCCAAGUUUGUUGGGUCUAAUGUGCAAUCCACCGGUUUCCCAACCGGCAUCGUCGUCGUCGUUUGAACCUCCUCCUCCUCCUAUUCAAGCGUCCGAGUCGUCGCCGACUGCUUCAACUUUCACUUUAGAAAAAUACAGACAACUCGAACUCGAACAAAAAGAGCGCCGACGAAAAAUCCGAGCGGCUUUGACGAAGCAGAAGAACAAGAAUACUGUGGAAACGGAGAAUAAAGUAGAAAAGGAGGAAGAAACUCCGCAACGGCAAGUCAUAACCAAUAGACUCCAAGCCUUGCGAGACGAGCUCGAGCUUCGAUUAAACGAAGCCGAAACGGCCCAGAAGACGGCGAGCGCGAAGACCGAAAGGACGAGCCAACCGGAUGAAGAGCAAGAAAAAGAGAAGGUAGUGAGCGAAGAGCGAAAUACAGAUGAUAAAGGCGAACCCAAAGACAGACAAAGCAAGAAAGUAAACAAAACAAACUUGCUCUCUUUCUUCGCGUGA